UAAGUAAAUGCCCGUUGACGUACUAUCAAGUAAGUCGAGUGCUUUCUGGUGCCGAUAGUACCCCGCCAAGGUUUCAGCGAUACCUUACAGAGGGUGUUGGGGGCCAAAUCCAUGCACGACAGCUCGCCAAUCAGCAGGUGGGUGGCUUGUAGCUGCCUUACCGGCGCUCUUGCACAGCACUCAGCCUUCCUUCCCAACUUACCCUCCCCACAGACAACACAAUUCUACAAGCUCACCCAGUCCUCUCAGCAAUCUGUCUAAGCAUGUCAAAACGCAGGAUCAAAUCUCCUUCUCCGCCUCCCGAAACCAAGCGACCGAAAGUAUGCGACGAAGGACGGAACGACACGAUCUACGAAUCGAUCCCAGCGGGCGAGUUUAUACGCGUGUUGAGACUACAACCCGGCGAUACCGAUCAGGACAUUGAGUGCAGCCUCCAAAUUGUUGGCAUAGAAGACUCCAAAGGCUCAUAUGAAGCCAUAUCAUAUGUUUGGGGCGACACCAACGACAUUGUCGACAUACAGUGUAACGGACUGCGGGUAGCUAUCACCGUCAGCCUCGCAGAUGCUCUGCGGACCUUUCGACACUCAUCUGAGCCUCGGCUACUAUGGGCGGAUGCCCUCUGUAUAAACCAAAAAGACGAUAAAGAGAAGGGACACCAAGUUACGAGAAUGGGCACGGUGUAUGCCAACGCGAAAUGCACACUUGUCUGGCUUGGAUGUGAUUACGAUGACCAAGCCGAAGAUACCUUUGAUUUGAUCUACGAAGCUAACGCUUUCCUCAAAUAUCAAUACCUACACAAACUCAGUAUUGCCUUCGAGGAGGGGCACUUCAAGUAUGAUAUACAGGGGAACUCCUCGGUGCCGGAUCCUAUCCCCACAAAACCGGAUCCCAUCGAUCCAUAUGACGAAAGAUGGCAGGGAGUCAAAAAGCUACUUGAAUAUCCUUGGUUCUUACGAGUUUGGACUGUCCAAGAAGCCGCCAUAUCGAAGGUAUGCCGCGUGUUUUGGAGUUUCUUCAGUAUCGACAUUUCUGACGUGUUGGAACUAUGCGCAUGGUUGAGGGGCAACGACAGCUUCUAUGAUACUGUCCGUGAUGCUGUUGGUGAGAUUCAGCGGCUUCUCAUAAAUCACAUCAAUCUCUACCUGAAUUACAAUACUCAUCGGCCAGACUCAUGGCAGCAGUCACGGACUGGAUUGGUUCACCUGGCCCGUUUUUUCAAGGAAAGAAAGUUCUCGAUGAUUCUUGAUGGAGCCCGGCACAUGUUGGCCAGUGAUGCCAGAGAUCAUAUCUACGCGUUCUUGGGUUGCUCGUUGGCGAAAGACGCUGACGGCUGCACGCUGGUGGAGGCGGAUUAUACGUGUUCUUUACACGAUCUCCUUGUUCGUGUUGCCUACGCGCUCAUGAAAAACCCUGCGGAAGGUCCAUGGACUCUUUCGUCUGUCCUCCACGGCUCAAGAAAGAGUGUUACGGGCACUGAAUUCCCUUCAUGGGUACCAGUAUGGCUUGGUGCAGAGAUUUACAGCACAAAGAUAGCGAACCCAGGCUACUGGUAUAGAGCUGGUAUAUCAGAACGACCUUUCAUAGCCAAAAAAUCCGGUAGAGAGUACUUGACGGUCAAGGGGUGCAUAUUUGAUACAGUCCUGUGGAAGUCACAUACAAUACGGCUUGACCAAACGGGGAUAACUCCAACAUAUCCAUAUUCAGCUAUUUAUGAUACAGAUGCAUUGUUCAUCGACACCAUCGGAGAGGACGUGGCCAGGAAUGCGGUGGAGUUGGGUAUUUCAGUGUCUCAAAGCGAUGUUCUCCGUACCCUGUCCCGGGGUUACCCUGAUUGGAACCACGCUGACGCCGUUUCCGAUGAACGGCAGAGAAGACUUGUAAAGGAAUACAGAACAAGUACUCGCAUGACAGCAGAGCCCACGGACAGUGAGAGUUAUGACUUGGGUCACUAUUACAGCCAAUUGAGAUUUACCGAAAAUGCGACCAUUUUUCUGACAAGAGAUGGGCGCAUUGGGUUAGCGCCAGCGGGCGACCUUGUCGAAAUCAAUGACAUGUGUUGCAUCUUCUUCGGAGCAACUGUUCCUUUCCUCCUCACGCCAGCGAAGGAAGGCCGACACAAACUUGUAGGCGAAUGCUACAUACAGGGCGUCAUGGACGGCGAACUCAUGCAACAGUUUGCUGGAAGCGACCUCCGCAAGCAUUGUAUUGUUCUCGAAUAGGCAUACAUACGUCUUCCUGCAACAAUGUCUUUUUCAUGGGUGUUACAUUGAGUUGCUUGAAUGCCAUUGGG